CUGCUUGCUUAAACAAGGUCUCGAAAAGUGUUUAUACAUUUUUAAGAACAUUGGUCAUGCAAUAUCGUUUCACAAAAGGAAAAUGAUCGUCAGAUCUCGAGGGACAGUAUAGUCUAACUUAAGAUGGACGUAGCUGAAUACUGAGUAGAUAGGGAGCACGUUAAAACAGUUUCCCGUCCCGUCCACAUAUCGAGAGUAAUGCAACGCAGUGAGUACAUAAAACACGUGGCAGUGGACUCUCUGUUUGUUUCCCCACGGGCGAGCACCUACAGGAGAGUGGGAUACCCGGACGAUGUGCGACUUCCACCCUCCACCCAGGUUAACACUGGCGAUUCGCAACACAAGUGGAUAGACGAAUUAAACGACAUAGAAAACCAAGCGGCCACGUUGCAUGCCUUGUGUCUACAAGGGACUGUGGAUGAAAUUAAGAACUUCUUUAACACGACCAAGGAUGAUAAUGAAAAUGAGACGGACCACAGUUCUAAAGACGGUUACUAUUAUGUAAGAUUGGCCAUAUUUAAAAAGUCCUCUUCACACAGCAGUGCAAUGCAAAAACACUUUGUCGGAUCGCUGUGUGGAUUACGCUCCGACGUGCUGCCCGUCAUCGACGUGCUGAUGGAAAAUGGCGUCGACGUGAACGCCACGACGUACUCUGACAGCAGCACGGCGCUGCACCUGGUGGUAGAGAACGGCGAGUUCCCGAGCGCCUUCCGUGUCGUCAUCAGACUGCUGGAGCUCCAGGCAGACGUCACCAUCAGGAACAGGAGUCUACGCACGCCGUACGACUGCGCGUUGGGUAUGGGUUACGACAGAGUGGCGGCCACGCUGGACGGAACCAUGACUCCACAAGAAGCGAAGGAGUACUACAGAAAACACAUAACACAGUUAUAUUCUCCAUAUUUAAUUGAAGCCGUUAUGGAAAGUGACGAAGAAGGUAUAAAGAAGAACAUCAGACUUGGAGCGGAUCCGAAUGUUCUCAACAAGUAUGGCGCCGGCGCUAUCCAUUACGCCAUUACCCACUGCGACCUGCCAGUGCUGACGACGUUGGAGUAUCUGCGUGACGGGGGCGCUGACGUCAACCUGCGAGAUGAUGAAGGGGACACGGCGUUGAAUUUAGCAAUAAAAGUAGAUCGCUUUAAGGAAGCUGAUCUCAGACCAAGGGUCGUUUCUAAGCUACUGGAAUGGGGCGCUGACCAAACUUACAGAGACCUGGAUGGUAAGGAUGCUCUUCAGUUAGCUACAGAGAGGGGUUACAGUGAGAUCGUGGCACUACUGGGCCACCGUCCAAUCAGAUAUCCCUCACCAGUCAGACGUCCAUUACCAGUGAGACAUCCCUCGCCAGUUAUACCGGCUGAACCUGAACCGGAAGUAGAAGACAAUGCUCCUGAACCUGAAACCGUUGUGGAGGCCGUUGACGCCGUUGACGCCGUUGACGCUGACCCUGAACCUGAAAGCGAAGUGGAUACUGGAAAUGCCGACCCCGAGCCCGAGCCAUAUGAAAACAACGAGGACGUAAGUGUACACGAUGGGUCGCAAUCGGAAGAAGAUGACGUGAACACUCCAAAUGAGGAUGGUCUGUACCCACUCCACGAGGCAGUACUAAUAGAAGACCCCGAGGAACGGAAGAACGCCAUAGCAACGCUGUUCACAAGGGGAGCUGAUGUCAAUGUGACAGUCAAAAGAACUGGAGUGACGGCCUUGCACAUGGCAUCACAACGGAACCAGCCAGCCACCGUGGAGCAGCUGCUAGAGAGAGGAGCAUUCCUCAAAAAGAAAAAUAAGCUUGGGAACACGGCCUAUGACAUAGCAAAAUCCAAUUCCCACACCGAAGUGAUGCGAGUGCUCAAAGACUGGGAAUCUAAGCGAGCUCGAGAAAACUGGGACAGAGCUCGCCAACAGACAAGCUUUUGUUUGAUCUCAUAGCAUGGAUGUUGAUUGAUUGUUUCUUUGUUUGUUUGUUUGCUUACUCAGAAAAUGAACUUUAGUGUCAUACCCAGCUGAAAUAAUGGGUGGGGUGGGUAUUAAUAUAAAAUAAUUAAGGCACACAUAGGCGUUGGAAGAUAGUAGCGACCGGGAGGGUUAGCUAUAUAUAUUAAUUUAAUUUUCAAAAAGGGGCAAUGCAUUAUCUCCAGAAUUGGGAAUAGGGACAAUACUUAACGCUUGUAUAACACGGUCAUAUGUUAGACAAAAAUGGCACUUUUAGACUAAAACGUGAACUUUGGGGAGGGGAGGUAACUGACCCCGGUCUCUCCACUAGGUAAAAACAAGAACCUGCUGUACUUUUUAUUUUUUACUUUUAAUAAUUUGUUUUGAUUGAAUUGAAUUUUCUUUUUUGAUGUUAUUUUGUAAAUAAAAUAAAAACAUUUCACUGAUGAUGAGUUAACAGUCAUUAAUAUUGGAUGUCCGUAAACAAAAUGUGUCUCCUGAUAAUAUUUUUCGGCCAUCUUGGAUUUAUAUAUCUUUCUGUCUUUCCUUCUUUAUUAUCUUUUUCAUUUAUUCUUUCUUUCAUACCUCUUUGGUAUUCACAUUCAAUUUAUAAAUUUAAUUAUAUGAAUGAAAAUGUGCAGCUGUUGUGUUAAAAGACGAAAUACAUUUAGCUGAAUUUAUGUUCAGUAUAUAUGUAUUGAUUUUGUAUUUAUGUAAGAUAAACUAUAUUGUUAUUUAUUAUCUGUAUAAAAUUGUUGAUUAUUUUAGACUAUAAAUAAAAAAGAACAUGUUG